AUGCCUUCCUACGCUAAGUUUUUGAAAGACACGCUCUCUAACAAACGAAAAAUUGAAGAAAAUGUCACUGUUUCACUAACUGUUGAGUGUAGUGCUAUUUUGCAGAAUAAGCUUCCAGAAAAGCUAGGAGAUCCGGGCAGCUAUUCCAUUCCUGUCAAGCUUGGAAACAUUGCUAUCAAGAAUGCUUUGUGUGAUCUUGGGGCUAGUGUUAGUCUCAUGCCUCUCUCUAUCUGCAAGAAACUCAACAUGGGCGAACUAAAACCCACACGCAUCUCUCUACAACUAGCUGACAGGACAGUAAAGUUUUCACUUGGUAUCCUUCAAGAUGUUCCUCUUCGGGUGGGUAAAUUUUUUAUUCCCUGUGAUUUUGUCGUUAUGGAGAUGAAGGAGGAUGCACAAGUUCCCAUUAUUCUUGGGAGACCCUUUUUGGCCACUGCUGGAGCCAUUAUUGACAUGAAGAAGGGUAAGAUCACCUUUGAAGUAGGUGAUGAGAAGAUGGAGUACACACUCACAAACUCCAUGACUUCUCCUUCUAUGGGAGAAACUGUUUAUAGAGUGGAUGCUCUUGAUGAGGUGAUAGAAGCCGAGGCUUUUAAUCUGCAACUUGAUGAUUCGCUAUAA